ACUUGACAGUUAUCAUAAUAAAGAAAAAACUGAAAUUUUCUUAAACUUUUUCUUGAUCAUAUUAUUAAUACUAAACUAAUAAAUUGUCUGCAAACUCUCAUUAAAAAUGUCUUCGGAUGCUGUUCAAGUCAGCUCGCUGCCCGCACCGCCCAUGCAAUAUGUAAACCAAUACACAGAUGACCUUAUCCGAAGGGGCAGAGCCCCAAAACCGCCUCCCCCCAUACAAGACACCUACCAUAUGUUCGGGAACACUUUUAAUACCGAGGAAAGCAUUAUACGGCCUUUGGAAAGCCAGGGGAUAAAAAGGUUAUAUCCUCAACACUUUGACAGAAGGCGAGAGUUAAAAAAGCUCAAUCAGUCACUUCUAGCGAAUUUUUUGGAUCUACUCGAUCUGUUAGUGAAUUGUCCGGAUUCACCUAAAAGAACUGAAAAAGUUGACGAUCUGAGCUUGUUGUUUAUACAUAUACACCAUUUACUUAACGAAUUUCGUCCACACCAAGCUAGGGAAACUUUAAGGGUUAUGAUGGAGCUACAGAAGAGGCAGAGGAUAGAAACGGCAAAUAGGUUUCAGAAACAUUUGGACAAAGUGACAGAAAUUUUACAGCAGGCCAUACAAAACUUACCAGAACCCAUGGAUUUGGAUUCCAAGAUAAUGAUCGAGACUGAUCUGAUUGUCAAUCAAGAAAAGAUGGAUAAAAAUGAUGCCAAUGUAGACCCGUGUGAUAUUCGAGAUAGAAUCAUGUGCAGUAUUGUAGAUAAUAUGCAAUUGUAAUCUAGACUAGUGUUUUAAGGAUUGAUAUUUAAAGGGUUUUCCAGUUUUCAAUUUUGAAUCACUGCUGCAGAAAAAAGGAUUUAUAUUCAAACAUAUGGUCGACUGAUUAUUAUCAUUAUUAAUAUGUAUUACUUUUUGUACAGCAUUAUAGAAUUUCUUAUAAUUAAA